AUGGGGUUUGGACCUAGAUGGAUGCGAUGGAUGGAAGCUGGAGUUUUUAAUAGUAAUAUGUCGAUUCUGGUAAAUGGGAGUCCUACGGACGAAUUCAAAGUUCAUAGAGGGUUAAGACAAGGUGACCCAUUGUCUCCAUUUUUGUAUACAAUUGUGGCAGAAGGACUAGCAGGAUUAGUGGGUUUAAGAGUGAACAUGUGGAAGAGCAAGCUGUAUGGGAUAGAAAUGGAUCAACAUUUUAUGCAAGCAGCAAGUCAGUUCUUGUGUUGCAAGCUGGACCAGAUUCCUUUUAAGUUUUUGGGGGUAAUAGUUGGUGGAAAUCCGAGAAGCAUAACAUUCUGGGAACCAGUGCUUGUCAAUAUGAGGGCCAAACUGUCACCGUGGAUAGGGAGUAUGUUAUCUAUAGGAGGAAGAGUUGCUCUUAUAAAUUCUGUGCUAACUAAUCUGCCGAUUUAUUAUAUGUCGUUUUACAAACUACCUAAAAAAGUGGUGGAGGAUAUGGUAAGAAUCCAGCGAAACUUUCUAUGGCAUAAUGCAGCUGAAAGAAAUGGAGUGGAAUGGAUUGGCUGGAGAACCAUAUGUAAACAAUAG